UUGCAUUCGCAGACGUUCGCACGUGGUCGUAGUUUUCGCUCGUUGGUUGUUCUGCGCAUAAUCGCCGCCGCCGCCUGCCUGCAAACAUCGAAAUUCUUAGCCCCCUUAGUCGAGUGAUCUAAAAAUACGCCGGAAUACGGUCACAAUAAAGAAAAGAACGAUUCUUGUGACAAAACAUCACACGUAAUGAACCUGUUUGAGGGAAAAGUUCCAGAAAACGUGCUUAACCUGCCUCAGAUAAUGGAUUAUUUCAUGUAAUUCAAGCGAGCAAUUUGGAUCGAUAACUUUGGGUUGGUGCUUAACAGUGUUACGCUAAUGAGCAUGUGAUAAUUUUCCUGGGCAGUAGGCCGUGGCAGCUGAAAGUCAACGCCAGCUGAGUGUUACAUUGCAUAUUGUGCUGUUCAAAGAAAAUUCAUUCUUCAAAUGACUGAGGGAGAUCAUCGCGCCUACUAUCAACGGGAGAGAUAAGAUUGUGCAGUUUAUACUUUUAAAACAAGCAACAAUAAGUUUCAUGUGAAACUUCGUCACCAUACGAAACAUAAAACGUUUCCUCUUGUGUUAUGAGGUGAGCAACUCGGAGCAGCAGUAGCAGCGAAAAAGGCGAACAUUCACCGCCAAACUGUUCUCGGAAUCUACGCUGGGUUUCAUCAAAUUUGAACAGAAUUGUGCGGGUGAUUGAACAGAGCGCAUCAUCCAAGCACUCGAGUUCCUUCACAUCUAGUCAGCAUCUCCACCAGAAUCUGCAGUACAAUGAGUAAAGUGGUGGAGUGCAUCAAGUGCAUCUGUGGUUGUAACGAGGUCACCAGAGAUCGAAUAAAGGAGCUCCUGAACAAGACAAUUCACGGCUUCUUGAACGACGAAGCUGCCGUCAAUAUGCUGAAAAAGUACAUACCGAAGGAAUCCCUCACUCACAAGCACAUUGCCAUCGUGCAACAGGCUAAACAUUACCAAACGACCGAUGUUGAUAAAUCUUCCGACGAAUGGGAAGAUUUCGUUGAUAGUUUGCUAGAAGAUUUAGCGGAAGAACUGGAGGAUAGUGCGGAUACCAAUGCUGCUCUCGAAAAAGUUGUACUUGAGUAUAGCAGGAGAAUCGACAAAUCUAACGAUUUUAAAAAUUUCAACAGUAAUUUGAGGGACAAAUAUAAGCAGCGAUUUAGGUGAGACUGCUAAGCUUAUUGUAGAUUUAAUGCAGUAGAAAAUAAGUAUUUAUGUUUAAACAUCGAAUCCUUAGUGAUACAAACUACGACAAGUUAUGUAGACGUAAAAUGAGCAACAAUUCAUUUGAAAUGAAUUAAAUACGCUUUUGCUAGGUUAAGUAAAUAUAAAAAG